AAGUCACGAGUUGAUUUUCCAAUCAGGCUUAGCAAGAGUACAAGAUGUGAUUUAAAGCAGAAAGCUGUGGCAGUCCUAAGGUAAGAGGAGGGGGUGCAUUGCUAGAAGACACAUAGGCAAUGAGGGAAUAAAAACAAUAGGAACAGUUGGCAUUUAAAAUGCAGAGAUGGUCUUAAAGGAGGGAUGAGUGAAGAAAAUGAAUAAGGCAAGUGGGCUUUCUGAUGCUGCCGGACCUCUGCUCCUCCUCCUUACCUGAUAGCACAAGGGAGCUGUCCAGACCUCAGUGCUGAAUUUCCAUGUUUCCUGCUCACUGUAGCAAAGGAUCCCUUCUCAUUCAGAUUUCAAUGCUGGGCUUCUUCUCACCCUGACUGUACUUUCCUCUGCAAGCUUAAUAGAUCUCCUCCAGCAGCCACAAGAAAAUAAAGACUGUGAGAAAGCCUCCCUUGCCUGACAGCUACAGCUGGAUGUCUCAGUGAAGCAAACACUGGAGCUCUCUGAACACUAGUGACUCAAGCUGACAAAGUUUGUCAGCCUAGCUGAGCUUGAUACAUAGUUCUCAGCUCCUGGACCUGCAGGGUUUAUUUAUCCAAGCUGACACAAUUAUAUUACUGUGGCUGCUGUAAACCAAAUCCAUCCUCUGGUUGCCAAUAACCGCCUCUGAUGUCCAAGUGCAACCGCAAACCGAGAAGUCAAUUGAUGGUCAAUUCGCAAUCCACAGUCGCUGCUGGCUUGUUUAGAGCUGAAAUCAAUUAUUGAUUAGCUGUGGACAAAGAAAAGAAAAAAAAAACAGCUAUCAAAACUAAUUUGAUGCUUCUCUACGAAUAUCUCUUGUAGACGUGCGUGUUUUCCUGCGUGGGCUUGGUGGUACCGAUUAUGGAAACUCCUUAGAAGUAGAGACCCCAGAAAGUGGUGUGGGAUCUAGCAUGGUGAUGUUUCUUUACUACUGAAUCUUAUGGCUUGAAGGGCUCACUUGCAGAGGGGCCUUCUUACCUUCAUGGAUCUAGGGAAUCUGUCCAUGUACAAUGAUGAAUUCAACAAUGGCACCAAUGGUACAGACAUUGGACAGAAGACAGAAUACAAUUAUUAUGCCAUGCUCCUUACCCUCCUUAUUUUUGUCAUCGUCUUUGGAAAUGUUUUGGUGUGCAUGGCGGUUUCCCGGGAAAAAGCUUUACAGACCACCACCAAUUACCUAAUUGUCAGCUUGGCAGUUGCAGACCUUUUGGUGGCAACCCUGGUGAUGCCUUGGGUUGUUUAUUUAGAGGUGGUUGGCGAGUGGAGGUUUAGUCGGAUCCACUGUGAUAUCUUUGUCACCCUUGAUGUUAUGAUGUGUACAGCAAGUAUCCUUAAUCUGUGUGCCAUCAGCAUUGACAGGUAUACAGCAGUGGCAAUGCCGAUGCUAUACAAUACUCGCUACAGUUCCAAGCGAAGAGUGACUGUCAUGAUUACAGUGGUUUGGGUCCUUUCAUUUGCAAUCUCUUGCCCCCUCUUAUUUGGACUCAAUAACACAGCAUCCAAUGAGUGCCUCAUUGAAAACCCUGCAUUUGUCAUCUACUCCUCUGUUGUAUCCUUCUAUGUCCCUUUUAUUGUCACACUCCUGGUAUAUGUCCAGAUUUAUAUAGUUCUGCGAAAGCGAAGGAAGAGAGUAAACACCAAGCGCAACAGUCGUGGAGUGGAGGCAGAUGGCAACAAGGACAAAUGCACUCAUCCAGAAGAUGUGAAGCUAUGCGCUGUCUUUGUUAAAUCCAACGGGAGUUUCCCAGCUAAUAAAAAGAAAGUGGUUUUUGCACAGGAGACUGGAAACCAACCAGAGGAAAUGGAGAUGGAGAUGAUGUCAAGUACAUCCCCACCAGAAAAGUCAAAACACAAAUCAGCUUCUCCAGACCACCAACUUCUGGCUGUGCCAGCAACAUCAAACCAGUUGAACAGUACUAACCUUGCCUCCCCAGCAGACAGUCCCUGCAAGGCUGAGAAGAAUGGGCACCCAAAAGAUAGUGCAAACACUGCCAAGACCUUUGAAAUUCAGUCAAUGCCCAAUGGGAAAACAAGGACAUCCCUAAAAACUAUGAGUAUGAGCAAAAGGAAGAUUUCACAACAGAAAGAGAAGAAAGCCACUCAGAUGUUAGCCAUUGUGCUUGGUGUCUUCAUAGUGUGCUGGUUUCCCUUCUUUGUAACCCAUAUCCUAAAUAUGCACUGCAAUUGCAAGGUACCACCAACCUUGUACAGUGCGUGUACAUGGCUUGGUUAUGUCAACAGUGCAGUCAAUCCUAUUAUUUAUACCACUUUCAAUGUGGAAUUUCGAAAGGCCUUCAUAAAAAUACUUCACUGCUAGAACAGUUAUCGGACUGCUUCACAUGGACAACAAAGGGAGACAAAUACCUGAAAAGGAAACAGAGCCCUGUGAAUGCUGGGCAGGAAACCCUUUUGGUGUUGGGGAACAUAAAUUCACACUCAUGUGCACCUGAAUUAGCCAUGUACUAAACAUGACUAGGGUUGGUGAAUAGGAACCUGGAAGUAAUUCUACAAAUGAAACCUAGCAGAGUGUUGUCAUAUGGAAUUAUGAAGUAUAAAUGGUCCACCAAAUUGGAGUGUGGUAAAUUGCCAAGGCAGCGCUAGAAAGUGGCAAGACAAGACUUAACAGUACUAGACUUCAUCUUUAGUACCACGUUCAAGAAGAGGAACAGUUGGAUUCAGCCAUUAAUGUUGACAAGAUGACAUUUUCAGGACCUAUGUGAAUGUCAUUGCAGUCUCACCAAAGACACUAUAAUUUUUUUAUCUGAUCUUUGCAAAAUAAGAAAGCUAGAAUCUGCUGAGACUAUACUUUGAAUCAGGGAACUGGGACUUUUUCUUCAAGUAUUAAGACUUUACAAGGAAUUAUCUAUUUUGGACUUUCCCUAUACUGGUCAUCUCCAGCUUACUGGGUAAUGUGGUGAUCAAUGCAACAUGAAGAACAAUACAAAUUUGCAUUGUGGUGACAAAACUGUAAAUAAAACAUGUUCCGAAAGAAGCCCAAGCCAAAAAAAAACUAUAUUAUAAAUAUUUAAACCUGUCUUGCAUGGUGUGUGUCAUAUUUAAAAUCUAUCAUUGUCGCACCAUGACUAAAUAAAAUUAAACAGCGAACCAUAAAUGUAA